ACGCCGACCGGAGCGGCCGGAGGAGUCGGUCAGUCAGUCACUCAGUCGCAGUCGGCGAGUCGCUCUCGACUGCGCUGCGCGAUCGCGUGGGCGACUUGCUUCUCUCUUCUUCUUAUUUUCUUUUUAAUCUCCUCCUAUUUUGUGCGGUGUUUUAACUUGGUGACGAGACAACUUGACCGGGAAGGUCUCGCCUUCGUCUUUCACCAACAGGAUUAUUCUGCUUUCGAAGCGGAAUGCACUAUGUCGGGUGAUCUUUGAGGUCCUGAAGGGGAAAAAGAUGAUGUAACGGGACUUUCGCUGUCGGUGUCGCGGUGAGGCAACAAUGUCCACACAAUGCAAUCGCUUCGUGCAAAAUGCCUGGAAGAAGGAGCUCUGCUCGAAUUGCUUCAAACCGAAGGAGGAACAUGCGCCGGCUGACGAUAUCUUGCGACUGAAUGUCGAGAAGGCUUCCACGAAUCUGAAGAUUGAUCAUCUUCAGGUGCAGAAAGACGUCCCGUCCCGAUUGGAAUCAGACGAUCGAAUAACCUUGCAGAGUAUCCUCCGUGGCAAUAAGACGAUUUGUCGGAAAAAUCAACGAAAAAAGAACGUCGGUUUUCCCGAGUCUCUCACCGAGGUGAUCGGUUACGGCGGUGAUGACUUCUCUGACGGCGAGGAGGACGGGGACGGAUCUCAGGUCGAUUCCUCCGCGAAAUCGGAGGAUCUGGUGCCGGACAGCGAGGAGGAGCGCGCGUUAUUCGACCUGACCCGCGCGAACACGAACUUCAACACGGUCACCGCGAACCUGACGAACGUCGAGAACAAUGGUUCGCAUCACGACGCGGCCAAGUCGUCGACGGCGUCACCUGCCAAGUCCUUCGCCUCGUUGAUGCUGGGUAGGAUACAGCGAGACGCCGAUGGCAGAAAAACGACUCUUUUGGUGUCCGUAACGCCCUUCGGCGGAGAAGAGUCCGUACCCACCGCCAAGAGGCCGACCGAUCGAAAGAUCAACACGGUCAACUUGCAAACCAGUCCGUUCAGAUUAAAAGCCGAUGAUGGUGGAUCGUCGGAUAACACUGCCAGAGCCGUAAAAAAGCUCAAUGGACCAGAGCGGAAGAAGACCGAAGAACAAGAACAAAAAUCUUCCCUGGAACUAGGGAAGAUCGUAGACAUGCCAUUGAUAACUUCCGCCAAUAUGAUUUCUAUCAUGCGGAGAGAGAUCACGACGGAUACUGCCAACGCGGAUGCGGUGAAGACGGAAACAACGGUGCAGAAAUACUCGCCCUUGUGUAAAGUCGAUAAGAGGAACGCCACAAAUGCUUCCCUUAACACCGUCUCAGCAGUAAAGAAGACUGAAAUCGAGACCUCGUCGGGGAUGUCUGCGCAAUCCGCGCCAAGUAACGACAUGGGAGAGAGCGUAAAGAGGACGACGACGAAUAAAAGCGAGUGUGCGAAACAAGACGAAGGGAAGGAAGAGAGAGUCGAGGUCGCCUCGUUGACGCCUCUGAAGAACGAGGAAAUACCGGAGAGCGAUCGAUCGAUGAAUGUCGGCGACAGGAGUGUUAACGGCGUCGACGACGUCAAGGAACCUCCGUCGCCGCAAGUGCGCGAAGUUGAUGGAGAGUGCGAGGGCGCGGAGCGGAAGAAAUUCUGUUUCGAUAGCAGUCGCGAGCUCGCGGGCGAACCGGACGGCAAAGCAGACGAGGAAGUGACGGAACCACCGGCGUUGCCCACUAGUCCGCCGCCGAUCAUAACCACGGAACCAAGGCCCUCCUUCCUACACGGUGGUGUUAAUAACGACUCGAAGGCGAAGCCCGCCGUGCCGCAGAAACCGGUGAUCUUUCCCACAAAGGCGAGUCUGAACGAUGGUCCGCUCGCCGUGAAGAAAAUUCUCAACGGCGAUUACGUGUUACCACCUCCGUCGGUCCAAACUGUCGCCAGUAGACCCGUUCAAAAUUUAGGUACGCAAGACAUGAGCUCUCGGUGUUCAACGAAGAAGAACGUUACAAACGAGAUUUUAUCGGAGACCAAUGAAAUCUCGCCAACCAUUACAGCCGAAAACUCGGAUUCUGGAGAUCAAGUAAAAACUUCACCGAAAUCCGCCCUCCUGCCGUUGUUUAAUUCCGUGAUCGCACCGCCAGCCUCCUCGCGAAACUAUUCGACGAAUAACGAAGAAGUGGAUGAGAAUAUCGUGCCAGACGAGGAGUUUCCGGAAAUUACUCCGGUUUCCGUCUCCACAAUGGAGCUCAUACGCUCGCCAAACAAGAGAAGAAUGGCACCGCGACCGCCGGAGGCCACGGAGGAUCUUUUGCCGGUCUCCUCUCUAUUCGCCAGGAAUCCCGGGGCUAAUCUGAAGUCCGAUUCCCCGGUCGUUCGCGAGAAAGAGAAGCGAGAGAGAUCGUCUUCGUGCAGUCCGAAGUUCCGCAAGGCGGUCUGCGAUCUGCCGGAUCCAACGAACGAGAGCGUCAAACUUCCGGUCGAGUCCGUGCCUAGGCGAACGAUAUCUCUGUCGCAGGACAGCUUGGCGACGGAGAAGGAAAUGCGGGAGGAGAAGAAAAGGGGUAGAAAUCGGAAAGGUUUCUCCCUGAAGAGGUUCCUGAGAAUGGGCACGAGGAAGGACAUGGACGUUAUCACCGGUCAAACGUCGGGCGCGAAAACCGACGAGAUACCGUCGACGCCGCAACCGAAACCGCGAUUAGAGAUAAUCCAUCCGUUGGAGUUGGACGGUGCCGCGGUCGAGGUAGUGGGAAAUGAUAGGAUCAUCGCCAGGAUGGGCGAGGACCAGACCGAUUCCUGCGGUGCUAAAAGUGACGGCUCAAGGACGACGCGGUUUUCUCCAUCCGUCGCGGCGAGGCCCGGGAAACCACCACCGCCGCCGAGGAACCAAUCCCUCGAGGAUUGGUCGAGGCUGGAUUCGGCGAAUAAACCGGUCAGACCGCCGCCACCUCGCGCGGAGAUCAAAUUGAACCUUGCUUCCUCCAGGAACGAUAAAACGUCGAAAGCCACUUGGAGGCCGGCUGCCGCGACGACCUCGGACUCGAUUUACGCGAAUCUGGCAGCGGAGGAUGUUACAGGUGAGGUGCGCAGCGCCCUGGCACCCUCGAAACCCCAAAGAACCGCCAGCAUGAGGGACCGAGCGAUCUCCCAACCCGUCCCGAAAAGGGCGACCGCUGAGGAUCGGUACCGGGAUUACGACGGUCUCGUCCCUGCGCGACUUACUUCCGACUCGCCGACAUCCAACGACAGCCAUGUGUACGAAUGCCUCUCGAGUUCGCCCGAGUGCGAUUCGAAUCUCGAGCUGCGGCACGGAAGUGGAGGCGGAUUCCGCGCCGCAUGCAAGAGGAAGUCCGACAGCAGUGCGGUGGUCGGUGAGUCAAAGGUUCAUCAUCAACCCUCGUUCGUGAGAUCGAUCUCGUUGCCGUAUUGCGGCAGCGAGACUGAGAGCGAGCUUUACGCGCCGUAUACUUUCUACACCGGUGACGAGGGCGCCGAGGAGGAUCAGGAUUGGAAAAACACGGACGACGAGCCGAGGAUGGGCCGCUUGAGGCAACGCCGGGGGCGAACCAUCGUCCAUCGAAGCCUCGAAGAUAAUUACGGCGCGGUGGUUGUGGCGAAUCACGAAGCACUCGCCCAAUUUCUCGAACAGGAAAAUCAAACUGUCCAAUUUCCGUCAAGUUUGCGUGCCCUCAAGAAUGCGAAUCCACGGUUGAAGCACUUCAACGUCGACACUCCGUCAUCAGUCUCCAUUGGUAGAAGGAUAUUCUGUCCGGCGACGUGGAAUGAUCAAAAUGUCACUCUCUGCAUAGCGUUUGAUUUAGCUAUGCCUAUGCCACAAAAGGACUUCUAUCUGACGCCCAUUGUAGAAUUCGUAGAUAAAGUUCCGAAAGAAAUAAUCGAGAAGGUCCGACCAUCCGAGAACGAAGAUGUCGAAGCGACAAUUUCGGUCCUCCCGUGCCUGCAUGUCACCACCAUACAAUCGUUCGGAGCGAUGUCGAAGGACAUGAACGGCGAGGGCGCGAGCAGAGAGGCGUCGUUCGUCCUUCUUCAACUGGUCAACGCUCUGAAGAGUCUUCAAGCACGCGGGAUCGAGGACGCCAGCAGAUCUCUAAGCGACGUUGUACUCUGCAGAGAGGACGUUUAUUAUCGGCUCUACCUCCUGCAAGGGAGGUUAAACAUAGACCCGAGCGACGAGCCUGGCGAGGAACGAGUCUCUCUGUGCGAGUGCGCUCUAAUAGCACUGCAACAGUUGCAUCUGACAGGCGAGCUACCUCUCAUACAAGAUUUACUGAUACGCGAGAAAGCGGUCACACUCUCGCAGGUAAAAUCCGUGCUGGAAUUUUCAUUGUGGGGCCCAGCCGAUGUGCCACUCGGUGGUCCGCGGGAAAGGGAAGGGGCGCUUCAAAGAUGGCUCGACCUCGAGCGAGCGAACGUACUUCACGCUCUCAUCAAGACAAAGGCAGCUCUGACGGUUAUAGACGAAUAUCAAUUAUUAUUCUUGGUACGAACCACUGCUAAAAUUAUGAGCGAGGCGUCGGUGCUGCUUGACGAGCAGCGUAAGCGCUUGGCGCAAAGGUGCUGAUAUGUUCUUUAUUGUAUAUGACGAGUUGUAUAAAUACUAAAUACUAUCGGCGAAAGAAACUAAUAUUUAUCGGUAAGCGAAAACGAAAAUAGAAAGAUAUCCGAACGCAAAGAUAAUUUGUAACUAGUAUUGUGCUACAAAAUAACAUAAUAGCUUUUUCCUUCCACAGUUAAUUUACGUUCCUCGUUAUCGAUGAUUUUUUUUUAACAAAAGUUACAUAAGAACAAUUGUAUUAACUUAUGCUAACGUGAGAUUGAAUCGUACGUUUGAUGAGGAGAAGAGGAGUAUAUAUCUUUAUAUACGCAGGAUAUAUUGGUAUACGUAUAAAUAAUCUCGGAACAGCUCAAUGUUAUAUAUAUCUUAUACGUAAUUUAAUAUCUGACGAUAAGAUAAAGAUAUUAGGAAUGUGCCAAUGCUCAAUCAAAGUGUGAUUUUGUAUGUACGACGUGCGUUUCGAUGAUCCGUCGUGAAUCCGGAAGUUUAGAGGCAGCUGUUUCACGUUGUCUUCAGCAAUGUGCGAUAGUUAUUUAUACAUAUUUAUAGACAUUUUACACAUAUAUUUGUAGAAAUAAACGCAAUAAUCACAAA